AUGGCAUGCCAUCGCUCGACUCGCAGCACGGCCCUACGUCCCCAAUCGGCUUUCCUAUUGGCAGUCUUGAUCAUCGUUCUGCAGAUAAGCAGCGCGGCUGCUUUUAACGUCAGCUAUUUGCAAGGCUGCCCAGAGUACAACAACGUCACGUCCCUUGACCUUUGGUUCAAGCAACUGGUCGGUCCCAUUCCGCCCGAGAUAGGCAAAUGUACCGCGCUUGUCAGUCUCAAUCUCAGCGUGAACUUCGCCAUCAGCGGCCAGAUCCCGCCCGAGAUUGGCCGCCUGAGCAACCUCAGGGUGCUCAAGUUGGCGUCAUUGUCAAAGCUUGAAGGGCCCAUUCCCCCCGAGCUGGGCAACCUGUCUCAGCUCGAGGAGCUAGACUUGUCGAGCAUAUACUCCCUAUCAGGGCCUAUCCCAACCGAGCUGUGCCAACUCUCAAACCUGCAGAAGUUGGCGCUGCCAAAUACCAACCUUUCUGGGCCCAUCCCCGAUUGUUUGAGCAACCUGCCGCAGCUCAAGGAGUUGGAUCUUAGCGGCGCGUGGGGACUCCAUCGCUCUGGUCAAACGUUGGGGCUGGUUUCCCGCCUGACCAACCUGACCAGUCUGAAGCUGUCCAAUGCCAGCAUAGCGGAAUUCGGUCAGGCUAGAAUGCUCUCGACACUAGACCUCACCAAUAAUAGGCUAACAGGCGCAAUACCACCUGAGCUCAGUAAUAUCACGACUUUAACGUCCCUUGAGCUGUCCAACAACCAGCUUUCGGGUCCAGUUCCUGCGCUUGCCAACAUGCCCAUGCUUAGGCGUAUGAAACUAGACUCCAACAAUCUAUCGGGCCUUAUCCCACCUUUCGGAACCCUCUCAGGGCUCAACCUUCUCAACCUCAGCUCUAAUCAGCUCUCAGGCAUGAUCCCAUCAGAGUUCAGCAAGCUUCGAAAUUUGGGGUCGCUAGACCUUAGUUACAACAGUCUGCAGGGCCCUGUUACCCCCCUUACAAAUUUUUCAAGGAGCGGACUAUUGUAUCUGCAGCACAACGAGUUGGAAGGACCAAUCCCUCCCAAUUUCUUUGUUGGCAAAGCCGGUGUAGACCUGUCGCACAACAGGUUCUCGGGCGCCAUUCCUGCGGAGGUCGGGAAAAUGUCCACAAAGUCGACCUUGGGUUUGCCUUAUCUGCUCCUGGACUUGUCUUCCAAUGACCUGUCCGGCAGUCCCCCACUAGAGCUCCAACAGCUCCCACUCCUCUCCCAGCUCAACCUUUCCAACAACAACCUUUCGGGCUCUUUCCGGAUUGGCCCCUUUGUUCGGGACGGUACCUUCUCCUUGCUCCUGGACUUCAGCAACAACGGCCCGUUGGCGAUGCUCCCAGGAACCAACUUCAGCGGCCUGCAGAUCGUCGCCCUCCCAAACCUGACCUCCAGGGAUCCCCCACUUAUCGCCCCGGACCUGCGCCUUUUGCAACUUAGCGGCGCCGGGGCGACCAACGGAAAUUUGGACCUGUCAAUCGUCCCCGCGAGCUGCCCCUACGUGACGUACUCCCGUCCGGUUUCGCACAUUACGUUUUGGGGCGCGUGUACGAGCUCCACGGGCUGUCUGGUGAACUUGGUGGGCACUGGGGCCAAGCUGAGCCGCAGCACGCGCAAGACGGUGUGCCUCAACCGCAUCUCGGUCUUCCUGGAGGGGGAUCCCCCAACUCUGCAGUUCCCGCUCGGGUCGCCCCUUUCUCCGUACCUGAACAACAGCCGCGGCCCCUACUUCUUCAACGACAGCCGGUUCAUUGACAAGAUCGACCUGGGCCCCGGGGGAGUGGCGUACACCGGCGUCGGCUUUGCGCGUGUGCAGGCGGGGAACCUGUGCGGGAACCCGGAAGCCAAAACGGUGGUUGCCGUCGCGUAUGGCGUCUUCUCCGGGCUCGUCCUCUUGAGCUCCCUCGGCUGGUGGAUCGCCGCGCGGAGCGGGUUCCUCAUGAAGACGGGCAGCUCUUCGGGGCAGAACUUCAUUCUGACCCUAGCGUUGUACAUGUGGGGCUUGGUCUCGGGGCUCCUGCCGUGGGCCGACCUGGCAACCGAUAUCGCGGUCGUGGCGGACAUUUGGGGGGUCUGGUCGGCGUGGGUCGUUCUGGGCGCGAUUCUGGCCCCGUAUCUCAUCAGUGCCGCCUGCAUCGCGUGCGUCUGGUGGGUUGAUCCGACGCCCAACUCGAUCUGGAAGGCACGCUUCAAGUGGGUUUGGUUCGCUGACGUCACGGACGCCUACCCGCCCACGCCCCUGGGCAAACUCCCCGCCUGGAGGUACCCCCUGGCGCUCGCGUCUCUACCCGAGGCUGCCGCGGCCGUCGUCGUUUAUGACGUCAUCGGCUUUUUGGACAGAGUCGGGUUCCACCUCCGGUGGGGCGCUGACGUGUACACCCUGCGGCCCUACUCCGACUUGCGCGCGCAGCUGGAGCUGAUUCUGCGCUCCAUUCCCCAGGCCCUUUUCCAGAGCGUCCUCUACCUGUUGGGCAGUUCGCGCUCCACGCGCAUUUACAUCGACCAGCACACGUUCACACUCUCGAUCGCGGUGUCUCUUCUGAGCAUCCUGGUGCAGUUCAACCUGCUUCUGAAGGAGACCCUGGAGAGCAAGCUGCCCGUGGCGACGAUAAUGCGCAGGCGUUUCUUGGCCGCGAAUUGCCGCCCGUGCCUGAUGAAGAGCGCUGGCGAAGCGGGGGAGGAGUUCGAGAGUGUCAACGAGAAGGUUGUCCCCUAG